AUGAACCUCAUGGACACAAACAUUCAGCAUCAGUAUCAGGGCAGAAUAUCCAAGAGAAGGAGGAAAGGUGGGACACAGAAAGGUAGAAGAUAUUCCAAGAGGGAAGAAGAGGAUAAAAAGAUGCUUAUUUCUUUCCUUAAAAGCCCCUCGGGCCAGCGUCAUGAUUCCACCCGCUUUCGUCAACUUUUAUGUCCAGAUCCUUCCUGUGAGGUAUGUAAUGAUGCAACUGCUGAGAUGGAUCAGUUGCUGUCCUCAUUGGCCCUGGAAGAUGCUACUCUCUCUGUGUCCCCUUCGGCUUCUGCAGCUCCUGUGACUGAGCCAUCAUUCACUCAGCCCCUGCCUUCUCAGCAGUCCCUCCAAGAGACUUAA